AGUAAAGAGGCAAGUGGAACAGGGAGGAGAGUAGGGGUUUUCCUGGCCAUGAUGGAAUGACAUUAAUAGCUGGUAAUCAUAGCAUUUCUGACUUUGGAGUCAUUCAUUGUCUUAAUGCCACAGCAACACAGUAAGAUCACGGAAAAAUAUGAAAUGGAGAAGAUUAAUCAUCUACAAUUACAGAGAAUAUUUUUCAAUAACACAUAUGGAAGCGAGGGAGUCCAAAUGGGAGGGAAAGAUGACUCUGGAGACCACCACACCCAUGGCUGAGCAUAUAUAAGUGUCCCAGUCUAGAAGGUGACUUUAAAACUCAAAAUCUUCUCACAGUAACUCAGCUGAACUCACAUCUCCUGUCACCAUGUCUUACAGCUGCUGCUCUGGAAAGUUCUCCUCCCGCUCUCUGGGUGGCUGUGUGCGCUUUUCCUCCCCCAGCCACCUGGUCUACAGCACUGGUCUCUGCCCUCCCAGCACCUGCCAGCUGGGCUCCUCUCUCUACAGGGGCUGUAAGCCCAGAAGCUACCAGCGCUCCUGUGUGGUGUCCAGCCCCUGCCAGAUAUCCUGCUACCAGCCGAGGACCUCCAUGCUCUGCAGUCCCUGCCAGACGACUUACAAUGCAUCUCUGGGCUUUGGCUCCAGAAGCAGCUGCUCCCUGGGCUAUGGAUCCAGAGGGCGCUACUCACUGAGCUGUGGGUCCAGUGGCUUCAGACCCCUGAGUUAUGGCAUCUGUGGUUUCCCUUCCCUGGGCUAUAGACCUAGAAUCUGUCGCCCAACCUGCUUUCCUUUUAGGAGCUGUCCGUCUUCUUGCUACUGA